AGGACUCCUUCCUUCCAAACUUUGACUUAAACCACAAGACAAUCCAAUCUUUUGGACGACUCCUUCAAUUCCCCUGUAAUAUUUAUAAACCAACCUUGCCUGCCAUAAAGACAACAACAAUAGUUAACAGAACCUGAAUUUCAAUUAAGCCAAGGCAUAAUUUUAAUGGUUUGUGCUCAUCAGAGUGGGAUUGAAAUGGCUGUGAGUACUAGUUCAUCAAGUGGGGAAGGAAGAGGAGCAGAGAUUGUGUUCUUUGAUUUGGAAACAACAGGAGCUAAUGGAGCAGGAAAUAAAUUCUGGGUAUUGGAAUUUGGUGCAAUUGUGGUUUGCCCAAGGAAGCUGGUUGAGUUAGAGAGCUUUUGCACCCUUAUCAGACCACGGGAUCUAUCGGUGGUUAGACUUAAGUCCGGUCGAUCUGACGGUAUAACACGUAAAGCGGUUGCAACUGCUCCCACAUUUGAGGAUGUUGCGGAUAAGAUCUUUAGCAUCUUGAAUGGCCGAGUAUGGGCUGGACAUAACAUCCAGAGAUUUGAUUGUGCUCGGAUUAAAGAGGCUUUUGCUGAUAUCGGCCGGCCAGCUCCGGUACCCGUUGGGAUGAUUGAUUCAUUGGGGGUGUUGAGCCAGAAGUUUGGCAAGAGAGCUGGUGACAUGAAGAUGGCAACUUUAGCUGCUUACUUUGGCCUUGGCCAACAAAAACACAGGAGUCUCGAGGAUGUCAGGAUGAACUUGGAGGUUCUCAAGCAUUGUGCAACUGUUUUAUUCUUGGAGUCAACCCUUCCGGCUGUGCUGGUUAAUAACUCUCAGGGAUCUUCAACAGUUGUGACAAGAAGUAGGAGCAAUGGGCAGUUAUUACAUGGACUAGAAACAAGCACAAAGCCUCCUCAUACUCCUCUUGAGUAUCCAAAAGCUGUUCCCUAUGUUAGGAUGUCAGAGAGGAUAAAGAAUCUCAUGUGUAAAGCCCAGAAUGAACCACCUCUAACUAACUUCCUCAAGCAUUCUCAUUCACUGUUGAGAUGAUAGGAGGAAGAGUUUCUCAUGUCUCCAGACUCUCCACUCUCUUAUGCUGCCUGAAAGAUUGAAAGUGCUUUGUCACAAUUGGAAGAAAGACUGUGAAACAGCUUUGUUUCAUCCACUCAUGAAUGCCAUUUGAAAUUAAGAAACUUGUGGCAGCUUUUUCCUGCAAUACAAAAAAUGGAGAUUUCCCCAACAUUUGUAUUCAAGAAGGUGCAACUAAGGCAACAAAAGGAGCUAACCACUAGUUCAUUGCAGACUCGUAUAUAACAAUUCUUGAUUGGAUAUCUCAUCCAAAUUUCUUACAUGUAUAACAACAUUGCUUUUCCUUGUAUAUUCUUUCCU